UCCUUACAAUGUAUUUGAUAAACUUCUCGCUGACCGUUAGUGCAGCGCAUUCAAAAUUUCCCCUCUCAGUGACGGACUGGAACAUUCUCGUGCUGUUUUCUAGCACUUUUCCCGAGUGUCAGCUCUGUGUUUUGACUGGCGGUGCUCUCCAGAUUGAUUUUCGCCCCGCAUUUUGGCGCCGUGAAGCUGUGCAGCGCAUCAGGACGACCAGGACGCAGAAAAUACAACCUCAUUCUGGGGCAUUGGCAUUAUUUUCCGUGCGGUUUCGGAAUUGUUGUCCGGAUUUGUUGGUCGGGGCCGAAGUUGCGUUAUCGGUUGGUGGAAAGGUCGAUAUAAUGUCUCAGUUGAUGCGCGUGAUCACGAGGAAAAUGUCCACCUCACGCGCUGUGGAGAAAGUUGUGGUGAUUGGCGGCGGAUUGAUGGGAGCCGGCAUCGCGCAGGUCGCCGCGUCGUCGGGCUUCCGGGUGACGCUGGUGGAGGUGAACGAGCAGCUGGUGGAGAAGGCGAAGGGCAACAUCCAGAAGAGUCUAGCCAGGGUGGCCAAGAAGCAGUUCAAGGACGACGAGGCGGCGCAGAACGGCUUCGUGGCUACGACGCUGGGCCGCCUGGACGCCACGUGCAGUCUCACGGACGCCGUGCGUGACACGGACCUUGUCAUUGAGGCUAUCGUGGAGAACAUGAAGGUCAAGCACGAUCUCUUCGCCAAGAUCGACUCCGUGGCGCCGCAGCACGCAAUCUUCGCCAGCAACACGUCCUCGCUGUCCAUCCGCGAGAUCGCGCAGGUCACGCAGCGUCGCGACCGCUUCGGCGGGUUGCACUUUUUCAACCCAGUGCCCGUGAUGAAGCUGCUGGAGGUCAUCCGGACGCCCGAGACGUCCGAUGACACGUACAAACGGAUGAUGGACUUCGGCCAAAGCAUGGGCAAGGUCUGCAUCACGUGCAAAGACACGCCGGGCUUCGUGGUGAACCGCCUGCUGGUGCCGUACUUGGCGGAAGCGGUGCGUCUGCUCGAGAGAGGCGACGCUACUGCCAAAGACAUCGACAUCGCCAUGAAACUGGGCGCCGGCUACCCGAUGGGGCCUCUUGAGUUGGCGGACUACGUUGGCCUGGACACCACGCGCAACAUUAUCAGCGGAUGGCACGAGAAUUUCCCGGAGAAUCCGCUCUUUCAGCCCAUCGGGACGCUGGAGAAGCUGGUCCAGGACGGGAAGUUGGGCGUGAAGUCCGGCGAGGGCUUCUACAGCUACAAGAAAUAGCCUCUAAGACGCAGAUUAGCCUAUAAUGUUCUUUUGAUACGUGGAAACAUUGAUUUAUGGUGGCACAGGAA